CUCCGGUGGUGACAGGUUGUCCAGCUUCUUACAGCCAUCUUCACUGAAACUAAGGUUAACUCCUCACUCUCUAUGGACGGCUACUCUCGAUUUCCAAGGGCGUGAAGAAUUUUCUUUUUCUCCUGUGCUUUCAUCUAAAAGUUCUCCUUGGAUAAUUAUCACCACGGUGGAUUGCCUGGGUUGGACAUCCUCAUCUGGGUCAACUAAAAAAAAGAAAGCAUGCAAGACGACAGCGUAGAAGCUUCUACUUCCAUAUCUCAGCUUCUAAGAGAGAGUUAUUUAGCAGAAACUAGACACCGGGGAAACAAUGAAAGGAGUCGAGCAGAACCUUCCUCCAACCCUUUCCAUUUUGGCAAUCCUUCUGGAGCUGCUGAAGGGGGAGGAGGCCAAGAUGACCUUCCAGAUCUUUCAGCCUUCCUGAGCCAAGAAGAAUUAGAUGAAAGCGUCAAUCUGGCAAGAUUGGCCAUCAAUCACGACCCUUUGGAGAAAGCAGAUGAUGCUCAAACUAGAAAACGCCUUUCAUCUGAUCAAAUGAAACUCUCAUCUAAAUCAAGUUUUGACCCCAACUGCUGUCAGGAUAACUCUCAAGGUUCUACUAGCUCUAGAGAGAGCUCCCAGGAGGCAAAAAGGCCACAGUAUAGUUCUGAAACCCAGUCCAAAAAAGUAUUCUUAAAUAAGGCUGCCGAUUUCAUUGAAGAGCUGUCUUCCCUUUUCAAAGCCCAUAGCUCCAAAAGGAUUAGACCUCGUGCCUGCAAAAACCACAAGAGUAAAUUGGAAUCUCAAAACAAACUUAUGCAGGAAAAUAGCUCCAGUUUCUCAGAUAUCUCAGAAAGAAGAGAAAGAUCUUCUGUUCCCAUCCCUAUCCCUGCAGAUACUAGGGAUAAUGAAGUGAAUCACGCCCUUGAACGGCAGGAAGCUAAGAGGCGCGAAGCUGAGCUGGCUGCCAGCGAGGCAGCUGGUGGAGACACCACCCCUGGGUCUUCACCUUCAUCUUUGUACUAUGAAGAACCUCUGGGGCAACCUCCCCGGUUCACUCAAAAGUUACGGAGCAGAGAAGUUCCAGAAGGAACCAGAGUACAGUUGGAUUGCAUAGUGGUAGGAAUUCCACCACCUCAAGUAAGGUGGUACUGUGAAGGCAAGGAGCUUGAAAAUUCGCCAGACAUUCAUAUCGCCCAGGCAGGAAAUCUGCAUUCACUGACCAUUGCUGAAGCCUUUGAGGAAGACACAGGACGCUAUUCCUGCUUUGCUUCUAACAUCUAUGGGACAGAUUCAACCUCUGCUGAGAUUUAUAUAGAAGGGGUUUCUUCUUCUGACUCAGAAGGGGACCCUAACAAGGAAGAGAUGAAUCGAAUCCAGAAGCCAAAAGAAGUAUCAUCUACUCCCACUACUUCUGCACCAUUCUCCUUCAGCAGUACCCCAAAGCCCCAGCAUGUGGUGGCCCUACCCAGUGUGUCAACCAUCCAACAGGUACAAGAAGCCCCUACCAACUAUCUACAAGGAUUGGAUGGAACUAUCAUUGCAGCUCCUGUGUUUACAAAGAUGUUACAAAAUUUAUCAGCCUCUGAAGGUCAGCUGGUUGUCUUUGAAUGCAGAGUCAAAGGAGCUCCAUCUCCUAAAGUUGAGUGGUAUAGAGAAGGGACCUUAAUAGAAGAUUCUCCAGAUUUUAGAAUUUUACAGAAAAAACCGCGAUCCAUGGCAGAACCAGAGGAGAUUUGUACUUUGGUCAUUGCUGAGGUGUUUGCAGAAGACUCUGGGUGCUUCACCUGUACCGCGAGCAACAAAUAUGGCACAGUGUCAAGCAUCGCACAACUCGACGUAAGAGGAAAUGAAGACCUCAGAAAUAAUGGGUCUCUUCACCCAGCCAACUCCACCACCAACCUGGCUGUUAUUGAGCAACAGCCAUCCCCACCCAACCCAGAGCCUCCUUCUGUGGAACACCCCCUAAACCCAAACUUGAAGGGGUUUCUAGUAAACCAUAAUGAGCCCCCCAGCUCGAGGAUUGGGCUCCGUGUGCACUUCAACCUGCCUGAAGAUGACAAAGGAAGUGAAGCAUCUUCUGAGGGUGGCGUGGUGACCACCAACCAGACAAGGCCUGAUUCUUUCCCAGAGAGAUUCAAUGGACAGGCAGCAAAAAUCCCUGAGCCUUCUUCGCCAGUCAAAGAACCCCCUCCAGUUCUGGCCAAACCCAAACUUGAUUCCAGCCAGCUACAACAGCUUCACAACCAAGUCUUACUGGAACAACAUCAGUUGCAAAACCCAUCUCCUUCAUCUCCUAAGGAGUUUCCUUUCAACAUGAGUGUUUUGAACUCCACUGCUUCCCCGGCGGUGACAAUGUCCAGCAAGCAGGUGACCCCUUCAUCACAGACUUUCAGCUUGGCCCGGCCAAAGCAUUUCUUCCCCUCUACAAAUACCACCGCAGCAACUGUGUCCCCUUCCAGCUCUCCAGUGUUCACCCUGAGCAGCACUCCUCAAACCAUUCAGAGGACAGUGAGCAAAGAAAGCCUCUUAGUUUCUCACCCCUCCGUGCAAACCAAAUCUCUAGGAGGAGUUUCCAUCCAAAACGAGCCACCCCCUCCAGCUCCAAUAGAGCCAGCACAGCCGCCACUCACAUUUGCCAUCUCCAGUGGAAACCAGUUUCAGCCCCGCUGUGUUUCCCCAGCUCCCGUCUCUCCCACCAGCCGGAUUCAGAACCCAGUGGCUUUCCUCAGCUCCGUUCUGCCUUCUCUCCCUGCCAUCCCACCCACCAAUGCCAUGGGGCUGCCUAGAAGUGCACCAUCCGUGCCAUCGCAGGGACUAAUGAAGAAAAAUACAAAGUCUCCCCAACCACUGAAUGAUGAUUCAUUUGAAACUAAGAAUGCAGUGAUUCUGGACUUGGGGAAAAAAAUGAAUUUCAAUGAUGUCAGAUCACACCAGCAGGAGUACAAAAUUUCAAGCUUUGAGCAGAGGCUGAUGAAUGAAAUAGAGUUUCGCUUGGAACGUACCCCUGUUGAUGAAUCAGAUGAUGAAAUCCAACAUGAUGAUCCCACGGGCAAGUGUAUAGCUCCCAUCUUUGACAAAAGACUCAAGCAUUUCCGUGUUACAGAAGGCUCUCCAGUGACAUUCACCUGCAAAAUUGUUGGGAUACCUGUUCCAAAGGUUUACUGGUUCAAAGAUGGGAAGCAGAUUUCAAAGAGAAAUGAGCACUAAAUGAGGCGAGAAGGAGAUGGGACCUGCUCUCUGCACAUUGACUCCACCACCAGUGACGACGAUGGCAACUACACUAUCAUGGCUGCCAACCCCCAGGGGAGAAUCAGCUGUUCUGGCCACUUGAUGGUACAAGGUUUGCCCAUUCGUAGUCGACUAACAUCUGGUGGUCAGUCUCACAGAGGAAGGUCCCGAGUACAAGAAAGAGACAAAGAGCCCCUACAGGAACGCUUUUUCCGGCCACAUUUCCUGCAGGCUCCUGGGGAUAUGGUAGCUCACGAGGGGCGCCUGUGUCGACUGGACUGUAAGGUGAGUGGCUUACCGCCCCCAGAGCUGACAUGGCUGCUCAAUGGCCAACCUGUGCUACCAGACGCCUCCCACAAGAUGUUGGUCAGGGAGCCUGGAGUCCACUCUCUGCUCAUUGACCCACUCACUCAACGUGAUGCGGGGACGUAUACAUGCGUUGCUACCAACAAAACUGGACAGAAUUCCUUUAGUCUGGAGCUCACUGUAGUAGCAAAAGAGGUGAAGAAAGCACCUGUGAUCCUGGAGAAACUGCAGAACAGCGGCGUUCCCGAAGGCCACCCAGUGAGGCUGGAGUGCCGUGUGAUAGGCAUGCCGCCACCCGUGUUCUACUGGAAGAAGGACAACGAAACCAUCCCUUUCACCAGAGAGAGGAUCAGUAUGCACCAGGAUGCAACAGGGUAUGUCUGCCUCCUCAUUCAGCCAGCCAAGAAAUCUGACGCUGGAUGGUACACGUUGUCAGCCAAGAAUGAAGCUGGCAUCGUGUCGUGCACUGCCAGGUUGGAUAUAUACGCUCAGUGGCACCAGCAGAUCCCAACACCCAUGUCUGUCCGGCCCAGUGGCAGUCGCUACGGAUCUCUCACCAGUAAAGGACUUGACAUUUUCUCUGCCUUCUCCUCCAUGGAAAGCACAAUGGUGUAUUCAUGCUCUUCUCGGAGUGUAGUGGAGAGUGAUGAACUUUAGGAAUGUUUGGGUGUCUGCUGUAUAAGGGGGUGGACUGUGGAGGGGGAAGGAGGACAAGCCAGAUACAGUGGUUUCCAAGCAACUGGAUUUGAGUAAGUUCCCAUGCUGCUGGACCCUUGGCAAGAAGUGCUUUGAAUAAGUCAGCUGGAGACUCUUGCAGUCUCAGCUGGGGGAAAGAUGUAGGGCUGUGCCUUUUAAAGAUUCCAACAAAAAUGUGAGACGACAAUACAGAUGAACCAAAGAUGUCAUGAAGCUGCCAUCCACUGCUUUGGGAAAAAGCUAGCAUGCUCCCCUGCCCCCUGCUAUGUUAGGGAUAUUUAGGCCCUACUAGGAGCAAUGAGGGGCCAUAUGCUUGAGCUGAAAGGAGUUAGACAGUAGUGACUUUAGGUGUCAUUAACUCACCAGUAAUGCAAAGAAAAAAGGUGGGGAGGUCUCCAUUACCUUCAUCAAUUACAUCCAUAGCAGUAGUUUUGAUGGAUUCUUCUAAUCAGCUUCUAGUUAGCCUUAAGAGAUCAUGCCAUACAACUCACAUAUGUGGAGAAGCACUUUUGAUUUACUUAUCCUGAGUGUACUGAGCCACAUUAUAAGGUGCCAAAAUGUGCCUGAGAUACAAAAAAAUUCACUGAAACACUCAAUAUUGCACAGUGCACUUGUUCUAUAGCCAAAACAAGGCCCCAUUAGCCUGUCUGCACCAUGUCUUCUGGAUAUAAUGGUGAGUCGUUUUUCUUUCUGACUUUACACAUCCUUAAAUUCUAGAACUAAAAGGUUGUUAGUAACCAACUAACAACAAAAACUUCUGUGGGGUUCCUUUUUAAACUACUAGCUCAAUAUGCAAAAGUCAUCAUCAUCUUCCCCUCGUCCCUCCCCAAAAGUCUGGAAGUGUAUGAGGGAGUAAGGAAGGGAGAGAUGCAAACAAGGAGAGAAGGUGAUGGAGCCUGUCAGUUUUCACUUGCCCCUUAAGAGCAAUGGUUCUGGAGGGAGAGGUCUUUAAUAGGUAUGAACUGUUGGUGAGAUAAUUAAUUUGCAUUUUCUGCAUAGAAGAUAUCAUGCUAACCAUAAAAGGGGGAGGAAAGGAGAAUAUGCCUCUUUAUUCCAACCCACCUAUUCAAAAUCUUCCUCUUAAGGAAUUUUAGACUUAAGUUCACUGCAAUUAUUCCCAGUGCCUAGAAGAGUGUUUGGCCCCAAAUAGACAUUCAAUAGAUAUUUGUUGGAUGAAUGAAUCUUAUAUGAGAUAGAGAAAUCUGCAAUUCACACAGCAGUCCAAAAAUUGCCCUGGGAAUAGUAAUCACAGCACAGUUUGCUCCAGACUCACCCGUGAAAUCAAUUGGAGGUGUCUGUUACCAAUUCCCUGUGCCCAAGUGUCUGGUGUUCUCUGAUCCAGGCACCCUCAGCUGGCAUCUUACUCGAAUGAACAAAUAGUCAUUGUUUAGGAAGGCUUGAAAUUUUCUUCACUUCAAGGCAAAGAUUUCCAGUAUAAAAAUAAAUUCAUUCGCUCAAAAAAAAUCAUUUGUGUGUCUACUCUGUAUAAGAUGCUAUGCUAGAAACUGUGGGAAAUAUGAAAAUAUGAAUAAGACACAGUCCCUGACCUCAAGGAGCUUAUAACCUAGCAGGGGAGGUAAGAUGUAAGGCAUAAAGAGUGCUGCUUUUGGGAGGGGGAAGAAAUAGAUACUUUAUCAGACAGAAGUUUCUAGUGCUUUUCAUCCUAUAUUUUUUAUGACUCUAAAAUCAUCUUAAUGUCUUCAAAUCUUUAUUUCUUAAUGAAACAAAAUGCCAUAGGUUACAACCUUAAGAAAUAAAGAUUUCAGUAAAUUAUUUGGUGAAAUUAGAUUUGUUUCAUUUUUUUCAUGUAUUCAUGAACAAUACUAAAACAUAGGCAACUGUAAUGAAAUACUAUAUGUUUCAUACAGAAUGCAUUCUGUAAAAUGUUGUGUUUCUGUGUUAGCUUCUAUUAUGAAAUCUCAUAGCCAAAGAGAACUUUCUAACUCCAGGAUUGUUCCUUCAUAGUUCUUUACCUCACCUCCCCAUCACCUCUAUUUCUGUAAACCCUAAAUAGUCCUCCCAUGAAAGGAUAAUUUUCAUCUCUGUAUGUCUUAGCUUUCUGAAUAUUUUUUAUCCGUCGCCUUUUAGUGUUCGAGAACUAGGAUAAAUAUUAUAUUUGGCCACUGGAUGGCGCUGUCUAACAUAAAAUAUAAGACCUCUAAAAUUCCUGAAAUUUCAAGUAUUGGAUAAUAAUGCAGGGUUUCUGGACCUCUAGCAUUGUUGACAUUUGGGGUGGAUAAUUCUUUGUCGCCCGGGACUUUGUGCAGUGUAGAAUGUUAGGCAGCAUCGCUGGCCUCUAACCACUAGAUGCCAGGAACAUAGUGGCCCAUCCCCCAGUUGCCAUCCUAGGAGGCAGAAUCCUCCUUUGUUGAGAACUACUGUGUUGAACAAAUCCGUGCCCUGCAUUGAGAAGUCUGUUAGAAGUCAAUUAUAAUGAGGGAGAGUUAUAUAAGAAAUUUGGGUCAGCUGGAUAUGUUUGGACUCAACAUGUCCAAAAUCAGAUUCAUCACCUUCCCUUUCAUACACAUUCUUCAGCCUCGCUUAAGGAUUUCUGUUAAUGUCACCAUCACAUUCCUAGCAAUCCAAAUAAAAAGCAUCCAAGUCACUUUUUGCUUCCUCUAGCCAAAUUAAUAGAUCCUGUUAAUUCUAACCCUAUGAUUUCUUUUACAUUCAGCCCUUUCUUUCAAUCCCCCUGCAGUUCUCCAGUUCAGACUUGCAUUACUUUAUUAAUUUCCCUCAAUAUUUCGACUUCAACCAUAAUAAAGAACUUCUAAGUGGCCUUUUCUGCCUCUGUUCCUGCUGUUUCUCCCAUUCAAACCCAGCCCAGAUCUGCAUCAGCUCUUUCUUCCUGAAUUACCGUUCCAGUCAUGUUAUGCCCCAAUUUCAAACCCCCAAUGGCUUCUGGAGCCAAAUCAAGUACCAGCUCUCCUGCCCUGGGAUAUUCAAGGCUUUGUCCACUAUGAUCCCAAAGUCUGUCACCCAUUCCUCAGAAAACACACCCAAUGUGGUGGCAAACCUAACACAGUCCCCUGCUUUCCAGCCAAAUGCCUCUCUUUUGCUUCUAGAUGGAAGGCUUUUUCCCCAACCACUACCUAUGGAAAUCUUACCUGUUCCUUAAAGUCCAUCUGAAUGUCACUACUUCUGUAAGUAUUUUCCAAUCCCCCAGACCUCACCCAAUACAAUUCUACUUUCUUUGAAAACUUAUAGUGAGUUUCUUGAAUUGAGAAAAAGAUGACCUUGUAUAGUAUUUAUAUAAAUAUAGCCUCUAUAUACCUUCCUGUCCCCUCCCCUUGCACUAGCCAGUCUUGCCUAUACUAGGUUUUAGCUACUGUGGUAUGGACUGUGUCAAAAGUUUGUCAUGUACCUUAUACAGAGUAGGCACUCAAAAAUUUUCAUUGACCUACAUUGAACUUAAAAAUUCUAUGUUAAGUAUGUUUCUGUAUAAAUUGAGUCUAGAGCAGUGAUUCUAUUUUUUAAGUUUAUUUUGAGAGAGAGAGAGAGCAGGGGAGGGG